UAUUCUAUAUAAGAAAACAUGGCCUUUCAGUUUUUAACAUCAAAGCUAUGAUCAUGCAACAGAUGAAAAUGCCUCAAAGAAAAAAAACAACAACAAAAAGCCUCACACAAAGAUAAAGUGCGUCCACUGUCACCACUACCUCUUUUGAGCAGUGCCUUAACCGAUCGCGGUAUCAUUCUAAAAGAGGAAAAUUAAACAGAACCAGCACACCACUGAAGACUUAUUAUGCUUUUUGUUUCUUCUAGCCUUUGGAGGCAUCUCCAGACUUGAAUCUUCGAGGUACUUUCAAGAAAGAUUUCAGAUCAUUAAUCAGAAGCGCCUACGUGCAGGGGAAUCCAGUGGAGCAUAAAUCCUGCAGGCAGACGCUCAAUUUCAGCGAGAGAAUGUAUCAUCAAUAUAUCAUGGUGAUAAUUUUCCUGUUUCUCACUGAGUCAGCUGUGGUAUUGCAAGCGAACUUAUGUUUGGAAAAAGAAAUUUUACUUCUCCCACCUGUAAAUUUUACUAUUAUGGUAACUGGUUUAUCUAAAGUUCUUUUACGAUGGAAACCAAAUCCUAAUCAGGAUCCAAGAAUAAAUUGUGUAAAAUAUAAUGUGAAAAUUAAUACUCCAAAUGAGGAUGAUUAUGAAACUAAAAAGACCCAAAGCACAAGUGUAAAUGUACUUCAUCAGGGAUUUUCAGCAAGUGUGCAGACAGUUCUUCACUGUGGUUCCCGUUUUUUCCAAAGUAAUUGGGUUUCAGCUGAGCUUCAAGCCCCUCCAGGAGUUCCUGGGACAUCAGCUGUGAAUCUGACUUGUGUCACUAAAAUCAUAAGGAAUGAGGUCUCUCUCCAUUGUACUUGGAUUGUUGGCAGGAAUGCCUCAGAGGAUACUCAGUACUUCUUCUUCUACAGGUUUGACAGAUAUACUAAAGAAUGCCAAGAAUAUAGAAAAGAUUCAUGGAAUAGAAAUAUAGCGUGCUGGUUUCCUGAGACUGCCAUUGAUGGAAAAGGACGUGGAAAGCUGGCAGUACACAUAAAUGGCUCAAGCAAACAAAUGGUCAUCAAACCACUGGAUCAGCUGUUUGACCUUCAUGCUAUUGAUCAAGUGAAUCCUCCAAUGAAUGUCACUGCAAAAAUGGAAGGAAAUCAUCUGUUUAUACAGUGGGAGAAACCAGUUUCUAACUUUCCUAGAAAAUGUUUUGAUUAUGAAGUGGACAUCUACAACAUAAGAAGGGAUUAUUCAAAGAUACAGAAACUUCAAGGAAAUUCUUUUGACUUGAUAAUUGAUCCUACUUGUAAGUAUUCUAUAAAAGUAAGAGCUACAGUGAGUUUCGAUUGUAGAAAGAAUGGACUUUGGAGUGAAUGGAGUCAAUCUAUUUAUGUAGAAGCACACAUUUAAUCCAAACCCGUGAGCAGUACUCCCCGGACUGACCCAAGGCAGAGAUGGAAGAGGCAGAUUCCUCUGAAGAAGGAUUUGAGGGGUUACAGAGAGACCUGCUAACUCCAAAACAUCAACCCCAGCUCACCCAAACCCCUCCAAAUCCAGCCCUCUUUCAUGGCACCAGCCUGAUUUUCAAUGUAAUACACUCUUAUCCUAUAAUCUCAUCUAAUUACUUCAGAAUAAGACAUUCUAUUUUGUUUAGGGAGUUGGGAGUUGGGAUGGAGAAAGGUUUGGAGUGCUGGUGCCAUAUGGAGAAGAACUCGGAAUGAGGGUCUUUGAGGCAAGAAGGAAUGAAGAAAGGAGCCAAAAUAUCAGGAAGUCUCACAAGAUCCACUUCAGCCACAACAUUUGCCCUUUUUUGCACAAGCAGCUUUUCAGCUAGGUCAUCCUCUCAUAGAGAUAGGGCUAACAAAUGAACUGUUAAUUUCAUUAGUAUCAGGAAUAUUCACCUCUUUAUAUUCAGAGAAAGAAUAGCUUGAUGCCUGGUAAAAUAGGUACCUGAUUAUAAAAGCUUAAUAAAUAUUUAUUGACUUAUUGACUGUAAACAGUUGUCUAAGGCCCAUUUUCUUAAUCUGUGGUUCGUGACCCCAUAUGGGGUCUCUUAACUGAAAUUGAGAGUCACAAAAUUAUGAUUUAUUAUUAGUAAAGGUUUGAUUUGUAUACCUAAGGUUUUAGGUACCUAUAUAUCCAGUCAUAAAAAUUUCUUGGGCAAAAAGAAGUCUUUAAUGUCAAAAGGUCUAGGACAGUGAGAGUGAUUUGUUUAAGGUCAUGUAGCUAAUCUGUAUGAAAGGCCAGAUGAACCUAAUAAUUAAAAAAAAAAAGGAAAGAAGUUUUCUUUGGGGAUAAGGGGACUAGGAGGAGGGGAAUUUAUAGCUUAGUACUGACUUUUAUAUUACUUUGUAAAGUUUAAGGUACCUUAUGCAAUUCCCGAAAGACAUGUGUAUUUGGGUCUGCUUCUCUUAAUAACUUGGUUUGCUACCAUCCCAGCCUCCCCUAACAUUUUAUAUUUUAUAGCCUGGGCUACAGGAAUAUUACUAGAGUAGCCAAAAAUCCCAAAACACAUCAACAGGAGAGUUGGGAACUAAACUGAAUCCUCUUUUAAUGAAAGUACCAAAUUCCUAUGUGCAAAGAGACAAGCUUUUAACUCAAGAUCUGGGGGAAGUAGAUGUGAAUUAAUGCUUAGGAGACCUGGGUUCUAGACCCCACUCUGUCCCUGAUUCACUGUGUGUUUUUGGGCAAGUAACAUCUCCUGUUUGGGCCUGAAGGGGUUGGAACAGCUGAUCUCUCAGGUUCCCUUCCAAAUUUAACAUUCUCUAAUUCUGUACACUGCAUCACCCUGUCCCAGCUGUGCAGAGAGUGAAAUUGUUAUUUGUAAUGAGAUUUUAUUUUGAGCCUCCCUUAAUUUAUUAUUCGCUUCCUGCCUCUGAUAUUUCUUAUCAUUAUUGUUUCCUAAACAGCAGCUUCCUCCUUUGAAUCGAGGCUCAUUAUCAUUUCCCUCCAGGUGUACUUCAAUGCUGUUAUCUAUAGUAAAUCCCAUCUCAUUUAUUUCUACCGGUUCUGAGAAGAUGAGCUGAUUAAUAUUCCUACUUGCCUUAUAAAUCCAUCCUUUCUGGAAUUUACUCUCCUGCUCAGUUUAGGAUCAUUAGGGAAUUUAAUCAAUGCAGGCUUUCCAUUUUCAUCAAGAUGAUUAAUAAACAUAAUAGGAAGUCCAGGCCCCUCUGGGACAUUGUGCAUGAUGUUCCUUACCCCUUGAGGGGACGGCAAUAAUUAUACUCUGCUUGGGCCGAUGAGGCGUUUUUUUUUUGCUUUCUCAUCCUUCUCUUCUAAAUCAUUUUUUCCUCCUUUCCUAUCUUAUUUUCUAAUUGGCAUCCUAUAGAUGACCAUCUGGGUAUAAGUUGGCGAUAGUAUCAAAUGAGAUGAAGCUUGUGGUCUUUCAAACAGUCUCAUGUAGACCUCUGUCACCCAAACAACUGUCACUUAUCUAGUCCUUAUUGAUAUCUCUCUAAGUGAAAUAAGUUAUCAAGCAAUCAAUUUAGCAUAUCUUAUUUCUCUUGAUCCUUCAUAACAGCCCUAUGUAAGAGGUCCAAAUCUGUGCUCUGACUGCUAUCCUGGGGGAAAGGGUUUGCCUUAGUGAGAUGUUCAGUAGACCAGCAGAUGGAGAAAUAUGGAACUCUUUUUUUUUCAUGCAAAUUAUAUUUCCAUAUUAAUUGUGUU